UACUCAAUAUGACGCCAGGUGGACGACCAAUUGGUCAUCGUGUCUCAAUUAUCCCUGACGAACCUUGACUAUGUUAGUCACGAAUUGUAAAUAUACUUCUUGGUUCAAUCCCUUGAUGCGCUUUAGUUCUGUUGGAUUGCUGCUUUACCUGCUUUACCCAUAACACACCAUUCAUUCAUCUUCAUCUAUGGAAUGAGAAAGAAAAUUAAAUGGUAAAAUGCCAUUGGCGCCAACGACGUCCCGAGUUGAUAAAUACGAUCUACCUACCGCCGACACGCCUCCGCGUUGUUGGCGGGUCGCUGUCGUCGCUGGCAUCUUCUCGUCGUGCUGAAAUAUCUUUUGGCUUCGCGUUCUUGACACCUAAACGCUACCAACUCCAACAAACCCGAUUGGCCUGCUUGAGACGCAAAUGCCUCCCCAACCGACAAAAUGGCACUUCGAAAUCGACCAGUACCUUAAUCCAUGGAUACCAGCUGCGCCAUGGAAUCAUCUACCAUAUCCCAUUGCCCAUUUCUUGGGCCAUAGGCCAGAGCAUCAGCGACCGUUGGGCAAUAUUGCGAUGAUUUUUUGGGCAUUUAUUGGAGUUUUCUGUUCCCUGACCAUCAUCGAAGCGGUGGGCCAUGCCAUCCCCUCUUUUGAGGAGCACGGUGCUCCUAUGAUUAUCGGCAGUUUUGGCGCCGCUGCGGUUCUCGAAUUCUACGCCAUCGAGUCUCCUCUCGCGCAGCCUCGCAGCGCGGUCCUCGGACAGUUCUUUUCAUCCCUAAUAGGCGUUACCAUCAGGAAACUCUUUGCGCUAGGUCCUAUGUCAAAUGAGGUUACCUGGGUCGCCGGCUCGCUGAGCUGCUCUUGUGCUGUCGCGUUUAUGGCUUUGACUGGCACUGUGCACCCGCCUGCGGGAGCUACAGCUCUACUCGCUGUAAUUGAUGAAGGUGUAGCUCAUCUAGGAUGGUUUUUGAUACCAGUUGUCCUGCUCGGCUGCGUCUUGAUGCAGUGUGUGGCUUUGUUUUUGAAUAAUAUCCAGAGGCGGUUCCCCGUCUACUGGUGGACCCCAGCGGAGGUUGGCCGCGGGAAAAAGCAGCAGCAGCCGCAACAGCAGCAAAUACCGGAUGGGAAGAGAAGCAACAGAGAUAGCAGCAGUGACAGUGGAGCUAUGCUCAAGAUUAUUACGACACGUCAUAUGGAAGAAGGGAAAAUUGUUAUAGAGCCGUCAAGGGUGAUUAUAACAAGGGGACAUGUGGCUAUUCCGGACGAUAUGUACUUAUCGCCCGAAGAGAAGAUGUUUUUAGAGGAGCUGAGCGAAAGAUUAUAAAUUAUGAAUUAAUAUAAGCUGUUCUAUUCUAGUAUACAA